AUGCGUGUUACACGCGCGUGUCCCUCGAUAUCCCACCUUCUCUUUGCUGAUGAUAGGCUUUUCUUCUGUAAGACAGGGCCCCGUGAAUGCGAAGAAGUGAUGAAAGUAGUCAGGAAAUACGGACAAGCAUCAGGCCAAUGUAUCAACUUUGAGAAAUCCUCAAUACUCUUUGGUAAGAGGAUCAACGCAACUGUUAGACAACAUAUUAAAGAUACACUUGGAAUCCAGAAUGAAAGAGGAAUGGGUACAUACCUAGGAAUUCCAGAAGACAUCAGCGGAUCUAAAUGCAAACUCUUUGCUUUUCUGAAGGACAAAUUGAUGCAUCAAGUGAAUGGAUGGAUGGACAAGUAUAUGACUAUCAAAAGGAGGAAAAGAGGUUUUGAUAAAAUCAAUCUUGCUAGCUCUACCGACAUACGUUAUGUCUAG